GUAUGGGCAAUCGUUUGUUCAGGAUAUAUUAUAGAACCUGCAUUGCCUGUGGAUCAAACUGUGACAUUGUGGGAGAAGAAUCCCUUGAAGCUGUAGAAGAAAUUGUAAUGGCGUUAAGAAGAAACGCGCAUGUCUUGGGACACGGCUGGGUGUUUAGAGCCGAAGCUGGAAUACACGAUGGCGUGGUCAAUGAAAUUGUGGAAGCAAUCGAAAAUGGUUCUGCUGGGAGUAUUAGAAGUAUGCUAGAGGCUGGAUGGAGAUUCGAAGCAGCGCAAGCCCUAUACGUAUUUUUAACACGUAUAGAGCAACCACUUAUCCCAGUUUCAAUUCAGUCGCUUGUUUUAGAUAACAACAAUGCAAACAUUCCGCCAGAAAUGGUGGCCUCAGACGUUUUGGGGCUGAUAAAAGAGCAACUUCCGCCGACUCAUAUCAGAUUGUUGGCAUUGAUUUUACACUUGUUGGAUUGUAGUAUCAAACUAUCCCCUGCUGACGAACUGCGAGGCCAUACUCUGCCCGUUUCCAUGUUGCCUGUAUUUUUUAAUAUUCAGAAUCAUCACUUAAUGCGGGAGUGGAGAAGGAUCAUAACAAUUUUUGUUGAAAUAAUUCGACAAGCCUCAUCAGCUUUAAACGUUUUUCAACAUAUUUCAUAG